AUGGUAAAAGUAAAAGCAGUCUCUCUGCUACAUAAAUGUCUGUCUUCAACCAUUAGUAUAGCAGCCUCUGGCAGCGUCAUCGUCGUCAUCGUUGAUUGGUACCACUUGAUCUUGGAAUCAAAUUUAACUCGACUUGACGGCCAAUUAACUCUCCCAGCUCCCAGUCUCAGUCUUGAUCCCAAACGUCGAGGAUCGCCGACAAGUUCGGAUUGUUUCUUUAUAAUAUCGAGACGCGCAUCUCUCAUCAAUCCAACAAAAAACAAAAGAAGAAAACAUGAUAGCAGGAUCUUCUAUCUCUAUCCAACCAAUUGUUUUUAAACGCGCGCACUAAAAACCUUAUCAGUGUUAUCGACUCAAUUUUUUAUAUAACCGUGUGGCUAUACUGUUAAAUAUAUCGUUAAUUAUAUUUUUAUAAAUCUAUAUAUAUUUUUUCCGCCAGAAGUGAUCCAAAGAAGUGUUUCCGGCGGCGGUAAAAUGAGGAACCGUCAAAAGUGUUCAGUAUUAUUUUAUUUAUUUUUAAUAAUUAUCGAUGCUGGUAGCACAUUUAAUAUUAUUGGAAUAAAUAAACAAAUGCUUUAUGAGUAUGAAGGAAAUGUUGCGGUAGGAGCUAAAGCUCCACAGGACGAUGAGCAUCCCGCACCACCCUCAUCCGGUUGGGUUGUACGGGGAAAAUUAACCCUACAAAGGCAGAGUUUAGAAACUCUGGCUGCAGCUCUUUCAAUCGAUGAAGUGCGACUCAAUAAUUCAGGUGAAAAGUUCCUACAAAACAAAGAAAUGUAUCCCCCAUAUAAACCGUUUAAAAUCGUACUAACCAAAGAAGGAACUAUAUCGCAUUUGCUGUUCAAAGACAACGAUCCGAUUUGGUCGACAAAUUUGAAAAGAGCAAUAGCAUCUACGCUACAAUUCCAAAUGAAAUCGGUUGGAGCUUUUGUUGUUGAUGAGACGGGCAUCCAUGGCAAAUGCUCCACUGAGUACUUUGUGUCCAACAAGACCAACUACAUAUCGAUUCGAAAGACCCCCGAACUUAAAACUUGCACUCCGCACUCAGAGGCCGUACAUAUAACCCGCAGUAAUGUGCCGCCGAACUUGUGCGAGUUCGAUUUUCAAAAGAACGUUAUAAUUGGAAAUGAAGCUGUCUAUGGACUACUUCCACACAAGGAUACCGAGUAUUUUCUCAGUAUGGCCCAUGUAAGGGGCAAUACUCUUAUCCACACAUUCGAGUCCACAGGCGAGGCACAAUACAUUAACUCAGAACUUCUGUUGAACUUCCUGAACGAAACCACCAUCGACAUUCCCAUCGAUAUUGAAACAGCAAUGGCAACGACUCCAUCCGGACUAGAACUAUUUCCAUUGGAUCCAAAUGAUCCAACUGGUGGCAGGCAUCCGCAGAUGCAGGAAGCAUUAAUAACCACUGCAUCGGAUAUGCUUAAUAGUCUGGCCGAGGGUCUGGAGAGUUCCGAUUUGAAAUUUGGCGAACCAUACGACAGCACCCUGUCGGAUAUAAUAAAAGUGCUCUCCCAAAUGGAUUACCAAUCUCUGCAGAAGCUUUACACCGAAGUCGAUAUUGGAACAUCGUACCGGCAAGAGACCAUACGUAAUAUCUUCUAUGAGAUUAUUCCUCGGAUUGGUACAAAGGCUUCGGUGCUCUUAACAAGGGAUCUGGUGAUGGAAAAGCAAAUCAAGUCAACUACUGCAGUGCAGUUGUUAGUGUCAUUGCCAUUCCAUAUUUUCGAGUUAUCCAAGGAUUUGGUAAAGGAAUGUGAGGCUUUUCUAAGUUUAGGUCCGGAUCGUCCUGAAGUGCGACAAGCAGCUAUUUUGAGUUUUGCUACAUUGGUGCAUAAUGUGUUCGUGGGUAGAGGGAUAUCGAAGGACCUCUUCGAUAUGUUUGUCCAAAAAUACUUCAAUCUAUUUCUUAAUGAACAUGACUACGAAAAUAAAAUGCUGUACUUACAAGGUCUAAGUAACUUGCAACUUGGCAAUGUUGCCAAUUAUUUAGAUCCAAUAGUUAAUAAUGAGGGUGAAGAUGAUGAUAUUAAAUUUCUCGCUGCUUGGGCUACAUUACCUUUGGCUACAACUCGUCCUGACAAGAUCUAUGAAAUUUACUGGCCAAUUUUUGAGUCGAAAAAUGCAACUCUUGAACUACGAGUGGCAGCUGUUACUUUACUACUUAUUUCAAAUCCAACUCCAGCUCGAUUGAUAAGUAUUCAUCGCAUUAUCCAAAGUGAAACAUGUCGCCAUAUGAUCAACUACUAUCGAACAACAAUUACAAGUAUUUCAGAAACAACUUUUCCUUGUUAUCAGCAUUUACGUCGUCUUCUCUCCUAUAUGCAUCGUCACCUGCCACAAAAGCCUGAACCACGUUAUUGGGUAACAGGAAACUAUAUUUUUGACUAUCGUGACUCAAAGUUCGGAAUUGGAGCUAUGCUUCAAGCUUUCGUUGUUGGAGAUCCCAUAUCAGACUUGCCUGUUGUUAUGUAUUUUAAAUUUGACACAGAAGCUUUAGGAAAGUUUACAGGACAAUUAGCGCUUUACAUAAAAGCUCGAGGACUUCCUGAUGCAGUUAUUGGAAGACUAAUGAAACCUGAAGCAAAUACAAUAAAGUUUGCAGACCUUAAAACUAUCUUAGAGCUUUUGAAAGCGCCUCGAAUAGAAAGUAAGCCUCUUCACUUGGAAUUAAUUGUACAAAUGGAAGGCAAGAGUGUUUUGUCUUUUUACCUGAAUCAACAAAGCUACAUGAACUUAAGCUAUCAAGAUUUGAUGAGCCGUUUAAGCUUCCUUAUUGCAACUGAUAGCCAUAUCAACAUGCAGACUGUGCGAUGGCCGUUCAUGACAAAAUAUGCUGUUCCAACAGUCUUGGGAACAGCAGCUGAUGUUUUAUUGCAAACAACUGUUUUAACUUCCUUGCGAGGAAACAUAACCCAACAUACAUUACCAGAUGCUAUUAAAAGGACACAUCAAAUUGAUGCCAGAUACUCAUCAUAUGCAUCAUGCCGUAGUCGAAGCUAUAAUCCAUUUUUAAAUUUGGAUCAUGAAAUAAAUCGUGAACAAGGAUUUUUAAUUUAUAUUCCAUUUAAUAAUGACGUGGUCUUGAACAUAACAAGUGUUUGUCUAAAAUAUUCAUUCUCUAGACCGGAGAAGCUUACAAGUGGAAUGUCUUUCAAAUCAAGAUCACUUACAUCAACAAAAGGUUUCAUCACGAAAUCAUCGAUACAACCAUUUGAAGAACUCAUUUUGCCAGAAAGAAAACAAGGAGUGUUCCAGUUGUUCAAGUACGAUUCGGAUGAUCUAGGUGUCUCCUUGGCUGUAAAUACCAAUCAUAAUGAACUUAUUAAAUAUUGUGGAAUGCUUCUUAAGUCGGAGUUUAUGGAAAAUGGUUUUUCACGUAGCAGCAUUAUUAACAUACUUAUGCAUGUUUUUGGAGUUGCUCAAUUGAGUUCAAUUCAUUUGGGACACGACCGAAAUUUUUCAUUGUUAGUAACAAAUGAAAAAAGCACCAAAAUCGAAGGAUGCUUUUGCAAUACACAAAUCAUAAAUGGAGAUGAUAACGUUGGGCAACAUUUUGAUUUUACCAUGAUUCACACUGAUGAUGUAUCAAAUGAUAUCUUGCAUAAAUGGAAUACAACAAUGGACUUUAAGCAAUCCACUAAAACAAAGUGGUAUAAUGUUAUUGGCAAUAUUGAACGUACUACCGGAUCAGAUGAUAACGGAUGGAAGGCUUGUUUAAACUUUACAUACUCACCAUUAGUUUUCACAAAACGGCCACAUACACUCGAUGGCAAAGUUAUAUUUGGCAAAUCAUCAGGAGAACAAUCUUGUCCAAAUGAUACAUCGACAGUCAUUAUGAUUGCCACUGCAGGACCUUCGGAACAUGCACAUCAAUAUUUCUUAAAUGACACUGAACUCAUCGAUACGAAUUAUUGUCCGAAAGAAGUUCUUAAAUUCAGCCCAAUACCAACAUCGAAGUAUUGCAAACGUAUCAAUUUUGAAAACUUUACCUCCAUUACUCGAUAUGGUAUCGAUUUGAAGUUUUCUGAGAUGCCGGAAUGGUUUGCACUCUGGUCGAAUCGUUUAGAUCACCUUGUUUCUGCUCUUUCCAGCAAGAAAGUGGAACGAUUGAAUCUCGAUAAGGAACUUGAUGUUUCUAUAAAAACUCCCAAUGAUAACUUCCAGCUCAUAAUUGGUGUCAAUAAUGUAACAUGGAGUACCUAUGACAUUCCACUUCUCCAGAAAUUGGACUCAAAAUACGAUAUUUCUGAACAGCUUUCAUAUGACACUGGACUUAAAAGAUCUUGUUCCAUUAUAAACGGAAUGGUUAACACUUUUGAUGAUCAUCCGCUCAAUUUAAGCGAUUACUUCCAGCGAAAUGGAUCUUGUACGACGCUCCUUGCUGCAGAUUGUUCUACUCAGCCAAAGAUGGCAAUCUUCCUUAUUCCACCAAUGGAUGCAGAGCAAUCCAAUUUUGGCUUGAAAAUUCAUUUUGGCGAAAACUUUUUGACAUUCAACCCUCAGACAAAUGUAUCUACUCAAGGUCCAGUUUACAUAGGACUCAACAAUACGUACAAAGUGGAUGUUAGACCAAGUCCAUUCCAUUAUCCAGCUGAUAAAAAGGACUUUGAAUUUAGAGUUGGAGUUAAUGAACAAAAUAUUUUGAACAUCGAACAUAAUUCCAUGAAGUCAACUAUACAGUUUGACAUGAAUAAUCUUCUUAACUUGGAAAUAUAUGGAGUUUUUAAAAGUAAAAUAUGUGGUUUAUGUAGCAAGCCUUUAAAUCGGAUGCCUGGCUAUACAAUUUGUGCUUAGAAUUGCACUUUUUCUGGACGAUUUAUUCUUAAUCAAUAAUAAAUAAAUUUUAAUAUUUUAUUUUAAAAUUAAAUUAAAAACAAUUUAAGUAACUAUAGCAUGAUAAUGUUGUAUAAAAAUAUAUAUCAUACCAU